AUGACUUCCUUCGGAAACAUUGCGCUGCCACCGAUGCAGAUCCAGUACGCAUCGGACGCAGACGAGUCGAGCCGGUGGGAGUCGUUCAACCGCAGUUUCUCGCAUGAUCUGCCAACACCGCCAGGCUCGCCAGGUGUUUCGCUGGCCAAGCGAGCCAACAGAUCUUCCCUGGGCGGUGCAGUUAUCCAGCGAGCUCCCUCGGGCAUCACAGCGCAGGAUGUAGACGAACAAUUGGCAGGCACGGCUUUCCUGUCUCCCGACUUUGUCAGAUCUCAAGAGUCAGCUCGGCCAGAAACGCUGACGCUGAGCGAUCCUAUCUACGGCACGACGACGAUCAGUGAACCCGUCCUGAUCGCUUUGGUCCUCAGUCCGGCUAUACAGCGGCUCAAGGACGUGCUCCAGCACGGUAUCACGGGCUUGCUGGGUCUGACGCCCUCGCCUGCCAUCACCCGGUUGGAGCACUCUAUAGGUGCAAUGAGACUGGUCAGACGGGCGGGGGGAAGCACAGAAGCACAAGCUGCAGCUCUACUGCACGACGUAGCCCACACUGCGCUCUCGCACGUCGUCGAUCGAGUCUGGGGUUACGUCGUCCACGAGGAGGACAAGUGGGACUUUCUCAGGCGAACGACGAUCCCGCUCAUUCUCGCAUCACAUAGACUCGUACCCUCGCAUGUGCUCGAAGAAGCCAAUUUUUCUCUGCUCGAGCUGGAUGCGCCAGCACUGUGCGCCGAUCGACUAGACUAUGGACUUCGAGACAGUCUCAGAUUCGGCACGCUCAGUUUGACAGAUGCCCAAGCCAUCGCUCGAGAUCUCGUCUGCUGGGGCGGAAGAUUCUGCAUGCAAUCGAAGGAGCUUGCAUUGACGUUGGGCCGAGCCUACAUGGAGAGUGACAAGAUGGCAUGGUGUAAUCCUCUCCAUGGCGUCAUGUACGAAUAUGCUGCCCAGACGAUCAGGCUGGCUUGUGAGACCGGCAUCCUCGCCAAAUCUGAUCUAUGGCUGUAUCCCGAUGCGCCCUUCUGGGCAAGACUCGCAAAAUCUGACGACCCUCACAUUGCAGCCAGUGCGGCCAAAGUACGAUCUGACCUCGUCGUCGUCGAAAUCCAUCCAGAUCGGUCGAGCGAGUCGGCGCUCAAGUCGUCGCUGACGGACAGUGAGGACGCAAAAUGGCAGGCUGUCGAGCUCGUCACGCUGAGUAUGAAAGUACGCACGCUCGACCCAGAUGUUGCAAUGAGGGGAACGGACGGAGAGAUAGAGCGUGUCAUCAGGCUGUCGGAUCUCGACCCGACUUACAAGAGCGAGCGAGAAGAGCACAUUCGCUUGCGGAACGGAUCGAAAUCGUUCAGAGUCUACAUACCCCGCGCUGCUCUGCCGUCACCCUCGCCAGCCUGGUGA